AUGGGUAUUGGACUGCAGAUAUACGACCUAGAAAGGAAAGAGAUCGAAGUAGCCAACCCGAUAUCGAAGAAAGAGAAAGCGUUCAUAACGACAGCCCUCGCAGCAAUCAAUGCUAGAAAGAACAUGGGCCUCAACUCGACUACGGAAAAAGACUUGGUCUGCAGGAUCCUGGCCAAUAUGAACAAUAAUAGGGACCUCGAGAUAGACUGGUCUUGUAGUGGCGAUGCUAGGACAAUAACCCUACUGAAACGGAACGGUGCGAAAACAUCAAACAGGACGCGCAGAAAACGAUCCUCCAACCCGAAAGUCGUAGAAGUACUAACACCAUACAAACCCGACCACAUAAAGACCCCAACCGACGGUCAAAAUGUCGAGUAUAUCGCGCACAAAGACAUAGAAUCACUAAUGGCUGAAUUAGUUAAAACCAACGAGGUUAAUUCAGUGCAAAGUCUAAGAGGUUUCGCGUAUAGAGUGAUGUUUCUACAAAAGCUGCAGGAAUUCGUCAAAAGCAACCUUUCAGAGAAGACAUAUGCGUUUGUGGGUGGUCUGAUAUCGACAAAGAAUUGCAAUUAUGUGGAGAAUUUGAUUUCUGGGGUUAAUUCGAAGAGGAAUAAUAGUUAUAGUUCGGAUUUCGAGAAUGAUCUGUAUGAGGGGUUGAGGAAAUCUACAGAUUGUCACUUGAAGUUCAAGUAUGCUGCGACUGGCAAAUACCAAAACCUCACCUUCUACAAAGUGUACUACACCAAGAGAUUCAUCAACACGUCGACCAUGAAGGAAAAGAAAGCCGAAGACGAACACAAUAACAACGCAAUCAGAAACUUCUACAACGCAAGAGAUGAAGAGUACAGUUCGAAGAAAGAAGAUGUCGUAGUACUAUCAGACUCAGAAGACUCUGUUAUCAGCCUAGAGUGUAAAUACGACCUUAUUGACGAUGACGAUGAUGACUGCGACGGCAAAAACUAUGAUGAUGAGUGUGUGGUUGUUGACAAAAGUGAUGACGAAGUAAUUGACGAGAGAAUAGGGGAGUUAGUUGAUAGUUUACUGGAUGGCACUGAUCAGACUGAUGAUUUAGAAGAGUGGAGAGACUCUGAUAUGACUGAAGUUAAUCUGUCGAGUGAUAGAGACCUAGAUAGGGAACUUGUGAUAGGAGACGUAAAGUCAAUUACGUCUGAACAGUUUAACGAAGGCUGCAAUGUGCCCGCUGAAGAUAAAAUAAGUAGCAAAGUUGAAAAGGAAGUAGAUGAAACUAGUUUUGACACGGAGAUUAAAAAUUUAGACAAUUUAAUCAUGGAUAUGGAAGGUGAAGAAUGCAAUGAAGUUGUAGAAAAUAAAAUACCUGAAGAUGAUAGAAAAACCAGUGAAAUCGUAGAUAAAAAAACAAUUUCUGACUAUGUUGAGAUGAUAGAAGAAAAAUCGCUUGAUGUAACAGAUGCAAGCAACAAUUUACAAGAAAUAAAAACAGACACUCAUGGCAACGAAGAAAAUUAUGAGAAAGAUGAUAUUAUUAUAACAGAGAAUUCGAGUCCAGAAUCCAGCAAAAGAUCUCGGUCAGAGUCGGAAAGCUCUGAAAUUAUUGAAGCUAAAAGGGCUAAAAUACUUUUAGACAGUAACGACCAUAUAUUUGUAGCUAUCGUAUCAAGUAAAGAAGACACAAUUAUAGAUAGGGUAAUAGCAAGAAAAAUACAAGAAGAAAUGCUUAAAACUAUAGCUGAAAAAGACCAAGACUUACCGUUACUAAAAUGCCACGGUAUCAUAGACAAUAGUUUGAUGUAUGAAUGUUUUGAUAACAAAAGUUAUAGCUGGCUGGAAAAUGUAGUUAAAAAAGUAACCUUAGAUGAUACGACCUUCAUAGUAGUUGACAGUUCAGAGGAAGUGAUCAGAAAAAGAAAAAAUAAAAUCAAAAUGGCCGUCAAAACGAGCUCGUUUGUAGAAGAACCGCCGAGCAGUAUUUUUAAGAGAAUAGAACUUUACAAUGCAAAUAUUAAAACUGACAAUUGGGUGAUUUUAGAUGAUAGUAAACUGAGUGACGAUUUAGUAUUUACUGUUGAAGUAGAUAGUGAAUCUUUCCUUGCCAUUUGUGAAUCAAAUUAUUCUUUACAUGCUGGUAUAGAUAAGGUAGAAUUUAGCGAGAUACUUAUUUAACUACAUGGAUUAAUUUAGUAUGUAUUUGGAUUCGUCUCUUGUUCAUUAUGUUGUAAAGUUAUUUAUUGUGACAUUCCUUUCUGUUUGUUUAAUAAACAUAGUAUUUAGGACGGCUGCCCGGCUCAGUUUCUCCAUUCUCGGUUAGAGCAUAACCAGGGAGUAGUGGUUAACUUUUGACACAUCUGUCAUGAAUUUUAUAUGGAGAUUACGUUUAAUUUAUAAAUCAAUCCCUGUCGGUUAUGGAGAAAUUGGCACUCAAUUUUCUAAUUUAAGUUGGUAUAUCAAACAUAAAGUGCUUGUAAAACGGUUCAUCUUCGGUUAUUACUCUUUAAUGAUACAGGCCAGUUAACUAAAGCUGGCACGUUCACAGUAGAUUACUCACACAUAUGCAUAAUAAUUAAACUUAAUACCAAAAAUAUUCCCCUGUGUUUAUAAACAGUAGCAAAAAUACGCCAACUUAUUCACAGAUACCACACAAGCGAAACCUGUGUUGAACGUGCCAGCUUUUGAUAACUAUA